UUGGCUUCCAAAUCCACAGGCACCCACUCAGUAUCUUCUCUCUCUUAACCAUCUCUUUAUCUGGCUCUGAUAUCUCCCGUCUUCCACAUUAUCAUCAUCAUCAUCAUCGUCAUAUCUGCUACGUACUCAACUGCUUUAUACCUCACACUCUUCAAGCCUCAACUUCUCAUUCAAAUGUUCAAAUUCAAAUGAGCUAUAUCGAUUUACAACGUUCAUGUUUAACGCUCCGACUCACAUUUUACCUCCACCUCUGCCCUGCUUUCUCUCUUUGCUCUUUGCUCGUCCCUCGCUCUCUCUCUCUCUCUCUCUCUCCCCCACUCUUCACACUUAUCAUCUGUUUUGCAGAAGAAUUACCCUCAUCCGAAAGGUCGCAGGUUCGAUUCCCGGGUAAGGACACUGCCGUUGUACCCUUGAGCAAGAUCCUGAAGCUUGGCAGGGAGCGCAGAGAGGGGCGGGCCUCGAGAGCCGAGUCCAGCCGCAAACGGGGCUUUCAGCGGCAGGCUUCGGGUUCAGGGAGAGGUCGGAGGGAGAUCUCGCGUCGCAAAAAAGCGAACGGGGACCCAGCCGCCAGCUCAUUCGGCGCCCCCCUCUCGUUACAAAGCGAGCGGAAGGCCCGAGCGCGGCGCCUCCUCCUUGAUGAGGAGGUGUUGACCGGGCGCCCGAGGGAGCGGCCGGGAGAGCCGAGCGGUAGGAUGCACAUGUGCGUGUCGGCGGCGCGUGGGCGGGACGGCCAGGGGAACAAUAAGCCAUUGUUGAGGGAGGGGACCGGAGGAGUCCUGAGCCCUGAGCCCACGAGUGAGGGAGGAAGGUCCCUGAGGCUGAGUGCGCUGCGGGGGGGGGGGGGAUGGACUCGGAUGGAGCCUGUGCUCAGCACUCGGACGCCUGGUCACGUCCGAGGCGGGGUUUCUCUGGAGACACGGUUUGUCGGCCCGGUGCGCCACUCUGCCGGGCUGGGGGCAGGGCGGGGAGGGGAGGGGCCGCCGACUGGGGGAGCGACGAAGGUCCCUCGUGGGCCCCCGGGUGCAGCGGCGGUACUCGUCGUGCCGUUUUCCGGAGCCAAACACGUCCGUGUUAAUGAACAGAGAGACGCUUUCAGGGCCCGACCAGCCAGCGUCUUCCAUUCAGGGGCGUGUGCCGUUACCACGGCGCUGCUCAUCAAAAGGUCCGGCAAACACCGUGUUCAGUGAGCCAUGACCAAUGACUCACUGAUGAAUUGCAAGACAAACAGAAAAUAAUGCGGACAUAGCCUUUUUGUUUUCAGUCAUCUGAUCUAGUAGAGUGUCAGUGGUGCUGACAGGAAGAAUGACAGUUCAUCAAAUGUACCUUAUGCUGAUGAGUUUAACAACAGGGUGAUAUCCAUGACAUGGAAUAAGGUCUAAUAUUAGAUCACACUACAUAUGGAUAUAUGGCAGAUUCAUGUCUGAGAGAUGGAAAAAUGCACAGCAAAAGAUGUGUUCAUACAGCUACAGGAGUGUUACAUUCAAACCAGUUUGGUUUUGAAUCUAAAACAAGCAAAUCAG